GUGAUGUGACACUGACAGUGACAGUCUUGGCAUUUUAAUACUGCCAAAUAAAGCGGAGCAGAAAUUGAAAUUAUUUUAAAGAAAUAUUAUUACAAUUAGUUAAGUAUAAUCGGUAUUGAAGAAAGUUAAGGUUUCUGUAAAUAUUAAUUGACAUACUUUGGAUAUAAGUUGCUGGUUAUUGGAGUAAUCAUGCCAGCUGUCCGUGGAGAUGGCAUGAGAGGCUUGGCUGUCUUUAUUUCAGACAUUAGAAACUGCAAAAGCAAAGAAGCGGAAAUAAAAAGGAUUAACAAAGAACUAGCUAAUAUCCGUAGCAAAUUUAAAGGUGAUAAAACCUUAGAUGGCUAUCAAAAGAAAAAGUAUGUCUGUAAGUUACUCUUCAUAUUUUUAUUGGGUCAUGACAUUGAUUUUGGUCAUAUGGAAGCUGUAAAUCUUCUCUCCUCGAAUAAAUAUUCCGAGAAACAAAUAGGAUAUUUGUUUAUCUCAGUUCUAGUCAACACAAAUAGUGAACUCAUCAAACUUAUUAUUCAAAGCAUUAAAAAUGAUCUUGCUUCAAGAAAUCCUAUCCAUGUUAACCUGGCAUUGCAAUGUAUUGCUAAUAUCGGUAGUAAAGAAAUGGCUGAAGCAUUCGGAAAUGAUAUUCCUAAGCUAUUAGUUUCUGGAGAUACUAUGGAUGUUGUGAAGCAAAGUGCUGCUCUCUGCUUGUUACGUUUGUUCAGAACCUCUCAAGACAUUAUCCCAGGAGGAGAAUGGACUUCUCGAAUAAUUCAUUUGUUGAAUGAUCAGCAUAUGGGUGUAGUCACUGCUGCUACUAGCUUAAUAGAUGCUCUUGUGAAGAAAAAUCCAGAGGAGUACAAGGGAUGUGUAUCAUUGGCUGUCUCUAGACUAAGUAGAAUUGUUACAGCAAGUUAUACUGACCUACAAGAUUAUACCUACUAUUUUGUACCUGCACCUUGGCUGUCAGUAAAGUUGCUUCGGUUACUACAAAAUUAUACACCUCCAGCUGAAGAUCCAGGAGUUAGAGGAAGGUUAAAUGAGUGUUUGGAAACAAUAUUGAACAAAGCUCAAGAGCCACCUAAAUCAAAGAAAGUCCAACACUCAAAUGCUAAGAAUGCUGUUCUCUUUGAGGCCAUAAGUCUUAUUAUCCACAACGAUAGUGAGGCGAAUCUUCUUGUAAGAGCGUGUAACCAACUGGGCCAGUUUUUGAGCAAUCGGGAGACCAAUUUGCGAUACCUUGCUCUUGAAUCAAUGUGCCAUUUAGCAACCUCUGAAUUUUCCCAUGAAGCUGUCAAGAAGCACCAAGAAGUUGUUAUACUGUCCAUGAAAAUGGAAAAGGAUGUAUCUGUUCGCCAGCAAGCAGUAGACUUACUCUACGCUAUGUGCGAUAAGAGCAAUGCGGAAGAAAUUGUACAAGAGAUGCUAAAUUACCUUGAGACUGCUGAUUAUUCUAUUCGCGAGGAAAUGGUAUUGAAAGUUGCUAUCCUUGCAGAAAAAUAUGCUACUGAUUAUACUUGGUACGUAGAUGUAAUUUUAAAUUUAAUACGUAUUGCUGGUGAUUACGUAUCCGAAGAGGUUUGGUAUCGAGUGAUUCAAAUCGUAAUAAACCGAGAUGAGGUGCAAGGAUAUGCUGCAAAAACAGUAUUUGAAGCAUUGCAAGCACCCGCAUGUCACGAAAAUAUGGUAAAGGUCGGAGGAUACAUUCUAGGUGAAUUCGGAAAUUUGAUUGCAGGCGAUCAAAGAUCUUCCCCAUUAGUUCAAUUCCAGCUUCUACAUUCCAAAUACCACCUUUGCUCACCCAUGACUCGGGCUCUUCUACUCUCCACUUACAUUAAAUUCAUCAACCUCUUCCCUGAAAUCCGCACACAAGUCCAGGAGGUCUUCAAACAGCACAGCAACUUACGCUCAGCUGAUGCCGAGCUCCAACAAAGAGCAUCAGAAUACCUCCAACUGAGUAUUAUUGCUAGUUCUGAUGUUCUAGCGACUGUCUUAGAAGAAAUGCCUGCUUUCCCAGAAAGAGAGAGUUCCAUUCUUGCCGUGUUGAAGAAGAAGAAGCCAGGACGAGUACCAGAAAAUGAGAUUAAAGACAGCAAGAGCCCGACACCAGUCUCAACUCAUACAAAUGAUACGAAUAAUACAAAUUCAGGUUCUGCAGAUCUCCUGGGAUUGUCUAGCCCUGCAUCUUCUGUUCCAAACUCGGCAAAUACAGGUGUUCUCCUAGAUGUAUUAGGAGACAUAUACAGUGGUGGAAAACAAGCAAAUAACAACUCUUCUUUGUCCAACAGAAAUUGGUCUGUUGAUGCCAAAAAGUUUGUUUGCAAGAAUAAUGGUGUUCUCUUUGAAAAUGAUCUGAUCCAGAUAGGUGUGAAGAGCGAAUUUAGACAGAACUUGGGUCGCCUAGGCUUGUUUUACGGAAAUAAAACUAGCACACCGAUACAUAACUUCAUGACUACUUUACAAUGGCCAGACGAGAACAAUGUAAAAUUGGCGAUACAUAUCAAACCAGUUGAACCAGUUCUUGAAGCCGGUGCUCAAAUCCAGCAAAUGAUAAAUGCAGAAUGCAUGGAUGACUACACAGAUUCACCUAGCAUUGCUGUCACAUUUGUGUGUAAUAAAAUGCCCCACAAGAUAAAUAUUAAGCUUCCCUUAACAAUAAACAAAUUCUUCGAACCUACGGAAAUGAACGGCGAAUCAUUUUUUGCCCGAUGGAAAAAUCUUGGAAAUACUAAUCAACAAAGAUCUCAAAAAAUAUUCAAAGCUUCAUCUCCAAUGGAUCUUCAGGCAGCUAGAACAAAAAUUAUUGGCUUUGGAAUGCAACUUUUAGAAGGAAUCGAUCCAAAUCCAGAUAAUUUCGUAUGUGCUGGAAUUAUCCAUAUGAGAUCACAGCAAGUCGGCUGUCUUCUUCGCUUAGAACCAAAUAAGAAUGCUCAGAUGUACAGACUGACAGUCAGAUCGAGUAAGGAGUCUGUUUCUAUUGAACUUUGUGAUCUUCUAGCAGACCAAUUUUAAAGUUUAAGGAAGCUAGCAAAGAAGAUAUUAUUGAAUAGUUAAGUUUUGUUUGAUUAUAGAAAUUUGUAAAUGUUUUCUAAGUUAUUUGACAAUGUAUGUUCUCGCCGUUUUAUAGUCCGAACGCUUUUGAAGCUAUAUGUAUAUUUUAGUAUCUGUUGUUAAUAAUUGAUUGAUUGAAUUGUAUAUACGUCGUGUUCAUUUUUCUAAUUUUUGUAUAUAUGCGUUCUUGGCAAAUAAACAUAUCAUAUAAUAGAUCUGA